UCCGAGGAUUUCAUUUUCCGUCGGAAUAUCCGUCAGAAUACCGUUGUUUUCUUGUAGCUAGAGAGUCUUCUUGGAUUUGGAGAUGCUCUAAGAACAAACUACCAAAGUACCGGAUCAUGCUACGAAAUCAAGCCGGCUCCUCGUCAAUAACUGAUUAUAAAAUAACCAGAAUCAUCUUUCAUCUUCUCCGGUUAUUCUGAUCCUGAAUCUAAACCGAAACGGUUAUGAGCUCGGUUUGAGACACCAAAAUGAAAAUGAGAUCUAAAGAGCUUCAAGAUUGAUAGCUGGGUGAAAUAUAAUUCUAAGGAAGGAGAAGAAGAAAGCGAGGAAAUGGCGUUGAGCUCGCUGACAUGGGGUUACGCACGGAUCAUAGCUGGAACACUUGUCGGGGGGACAAUCGGUUUCUAUGUAAUGCAUCGCAUCGAAGUUAGGUACAAGAUGAAGAUGGAAGAAGCGUUAAGGCAAUACGAGAAAGAAAUGAAGAAGAGACAAGAAGAUCAUGAGAAUCUCGGUCUGAUCAGUGAAGAUUCCCUUUAGUUUUUACUGAUUUGCGUGUGAACAUGCUUUAAAAGUGUUCGACCAAAUGUUCAAAAGAGAUUGUUGAUUUCUACUUUCUCUCCUGUAUACCAUAUGAUAUGAAACAGAAUGCUCUUCUAUUUAUUUAUUUUUUUGAGCAAAUUCUCCUAUUUUAUAUAUGGGAUUUAGAGGUUUCCUAAAGAAUAAAUUCAUUAACUGAAGUGAAUCGUAUGAUAUAUUGAUAUCUUAUUCCGUCCAACUAUAAUCUUCUGUGACUUUUUUCUGCUAUUCUCCACGAUGAAUCCUCUAACAAGUCUGUCUUUUAUAGCAUUGCUACCGUUAUUUUCAUAUAUAACAUUUGCUAGCAUGUGAUGGAUUAGACAUUUCACUUCCUAUGCUUGAUAUACCGUGUUACCGUAAAAAUACGAAAACGUGACAUAAAUGGGUUUCUAUAAAGCCAGUAUGGCAAGAAAAAACAAAUA